AUGGGUGAAUGUCCAGUACACAAGACCGCCAACGUGGCUGGUAGCGGCACUCGGAACCGCGACUGGUGGCCCGAGUCAUUGAAGCUAAACAUUCUGCGCCAGCACACCGACGCGACCAACCCGAACAAGGACUUUGACUAUGCCACUGCCUUCAAGAGCCUCGACUACUAUGCCUUGAAGGAGGACCUGCACAACCUGAUGACCGACUCUCAGGAUUGGUGGCCCGCUGACUUCGGCCACUACGGCGGUCUGUUCGUUCGGAUGGCCUGGCACAGCGCCGGAACUUAUCGAGUCUUCGAUGGCCGUGGCGGUGGCGGCCAGGGCCAGCAGCGUUUUGCCCCGCUCAACAGCUGGCCCGAUAACGUCUCCCUUGACAAGGCCCGCCGCCUAUUGUGGCCCAUUAAGCAGAAGUACGGCAACAAGAUCUCGUGGGCCGAUCUCCUUCUCCUGACCGGCAAUGUCGCCCUUGAGUCGAUGGGCUUCAAGACCUUCGGUUUCGCCGGUGGUCGCCCCGAUACCUGGGAGGCCGAUGAGUCCGUCUACUGGGGUAGCGAAGCCGAGUGGCUCACCAAUGAUGCUCGCUACAAACCCGAGUCCGAACAAGAGGCCGGCAAGCAGAGCGACAUCCGCACUCGUGACCCCGAAGACCCUCUGGCUGCCGUCGUGAUGGGUCUGAUCUACGUCAACCCGGAGGGUCCCGAUGGCAACCCCGACCCCAUUGCCGCGGCUCGCGAUAUCCGCAUCACCUUCGGCCGCAUGGCCAUGAACGACGAGGAGACCGUCGCUCUGAUUGCUGGUGGUCACACCUUCGGAAAGACUCACGGUGCUGGCAGUGCUGAUCACGUCGGCAAGGAGCCUGAGGCUGCUGAAAUUGAGCAACAGGGCCUUGGCUGGGCCAGCGGUCACGGGUCUGGCGUGGGUUCUGACGCUAUCACGUCGGGGAUAGAGGUUACCUGGACGAAGACUCCCACCAAAUGGAGCAACCAGUAUCUGGAGUAUCUCUUCAAGUAUGACUGGGAGCUCACAAAGUCCCCCGCCGGUGCCCACCAGUGGUCUGCGAAGACCAAUGAUCAGAUCAUCCCUGAUGCCUUUGACGCGAGCAAGAAGCACAAGCCCCAGAUGCUGACCACCGAUCUCUCUCUCCGCUUCGACCCCGACUACGAGAAGAUUGCCCGUCGCUUCCUUGCGAACCCUGACCAGCUCGCCGAUGCUUUCGCUCGCGCCUGGUUCAAGCUCCUCCAUCGUGACAUGGGUCCCCGCGCCCGCUGGCUCGGCCCUGAGGUCCCCAAGGAGGCUCUUUUGUGGGAGGACCCCAUCCCUACCCCCGACCACCCGCAGAUCGAUACUGAGGAUGCUGCUGCGCUGAAGCACCACAUCCUGAGCUCUGGUGUCGACCCCAGCAAGUUUCUUUCUACUGCCUGGGCCUCUGCCUCAACUUUCCGUGGCGGUGACAAGCGCGGUGGUGCCAACGGUGCGCGCAUCCGUCUUGCUCCCCAGAACCAAUGGACCGUCAACAACCCCACCCAGCUGCGUGAGGUCCUGGACGUCCUGGAGGAUAUCCAGCGCCGGUACAACAGCUCCCAGACCGGCAACAAGCGUGUGUCGCUGGCCGACCUUAUCGUUCUGGCCGGUUGCGCUGCCCUGGAGAAGGCCGCCGGUGUCCCCGUUCCCUUCACCCCUGGCCGCAUGGAUGCCACCCCGGAGCAGACCGACGUCGACUCCUUCAAGUACCUCGAGCCUGUCGCCGAUGGCUUCCGCAACUACGGCAAGUCGUCGCGGCGUGUCCGCACCGAACAGAUGCUCGUUGACCGAGCUCAGCUGCUCACCCUGACCGCCCCCGAGAUGACCGUCCUGGUUGGCGGUCUGCGCGUCCUGAACGCUAACUUCGACCGCUCCAACCUCGGUGUCCUGACCCAGCGCCCUGGCCAGCUGACCAACGACUUCUUCGUCAACCUGCUCGAUAUGAGCACCGUUUGGAAGCCCACUGAUGACAGCAAGGACCUUUUCGAGGGUGUUGACCGCAAGACCGGUGCCAAGAAGUGGAAGGCUACCCGCGUCGACCUCAUUUUCGGUCACCACGCCGAGCUGCGUGCCCUGGCUGAGCUGUACGGCUCUUACGAUGGCCAGUCCAAGUUCGUGCGGGACUUUGUGGCUGCCUGGGACAAGGUUAUGAACCUGGAUCGCUUUGAUGUGGUCUACUCGGAGAACCAGGGCCGCGCUCGCCUGUGA